AACAUCGUCUCCUGCCGAACGCUCCACGCCAAACAGGGGAUCCACCUGAGAGUGGUGGGAGUAUCCGACAGCAAAUCCUUAGUUGUUCCCUCCGACGUGUCCACUAUGGAGUUGUGAUGCCGUAUCAAGUCCGAUGCUUCUUCUCUCCACGCUCUUGCCUCUUCUGGCCAACUCGAGGUGCUCUCUAAUUCUGAAUCCAUGAAAAAGAUUACCCAUGUUGCUGCACUCUUGGGUAAAUCAACAGGCUUGGCUCUUGUAGAUUGCUCUGCAAGUUCCGAGACUAUUCCACUGCUCGCCCAAGCGGUUGAUUUGGGAUGUUGCAUUGUCAUGGCAAACAAGAAGCCUCUUACUUCCACAAUGGAGGAUUUUGACAAACUAGUUUCACGCCCGCGUCACAUACGUCAUGAGUCAACUGUUGGUGCUGGCCUUCCUGUCAUAUCAUCCUUACAUCGCAUACUCUCAUCCGGUGAUCCAGUCCUCCGUAUCAUUGGGAGUUUGAGUGGAACAUUGGGGUAUGUUAUGAGUGAGGUCGAAGACGGGAAGCCAAUUAGCGAAGUUGUGCGAUCUGCUAAAAAUUUGGGUUACACUGAACCAGAUCCACGUGAUGACCUCAGUGGGAUGGAUGUUGCAAGAAAGGCUUUGAUACUUGCUAGGCUUCUUGGUCGGCAUAUUAGUUUGGAUGACAUUAAGAUUGAGAGCUUGUAUCCUAAAGAAAUGACACCCAAUAUAAUGUCUGUAGAAAAAUUUCUGGGAAGUGGGCUACUGAUGCUUGAUAAUGGAAUCAAAGAGAGAGUCUCUAACGCUUCUUUGAGCGGGAAUGUGCUAAGAUAUGUGUGUGUAAUUGAAAACUCAAGGUGUGAAGUUGGAAUUCAAGAGCUUGCAGAGGAUUCUCCUCUAGGAAGACUGAGAGGAAGUGACAUUGUGCUGGAGAUUUACAGUAGAUGUUACAAUGACCAACCACUGGUCAUUCAAGGAGCUGGAGCUGGCAAUGAUACUACCGCUGCUGGAGUCCUUGCUGAUAUCAUAGAUAUUCAAGAUUUAUUUCCUUGAAUUAUUUCGUUAACUGCCAUUUUAUGUAACAUACAAUGGAGAAAUUUAGUGCAUACUGCUUAGGAAUCUCAAAGUACGAAAUAUGAUAUUCAGAGGUUCAUUUGACAAAAAAAGAAUAAUAUUAAGAGGUUCUAGCUAGGGUGAAAGAAAGAAUUUGCAGAAACUUGCAGGCGUAUUGCAUUUUCAUGGAUUUUCCUUGUGCUAUUAAAUUUCCUUUUUUCCAGGUAGACAUCUUAUCAUCAAAACCUUCACUUCUCUGAAGACGGGUCAUAUUUCCUUCAAGUCUUUCUUUUCUUGCAUAAUGAUAUCAGAAGACAUCAAAUAACAACGAAGGAUAUGGAGUUGUAAGGAAAUGUUACAAAUAUUGGAAAUUCGUUGCUUACGACUCUUUGAAGACGCUUCAGGCCAGAACGCUCAGACAUCUCAGACUAUAGUCUCUGCUCCCUAGCACUUUGGCAUAGCUACAUGAAUCCCAACAAGCAAACUUAGCAUCUGGCAGUACAGAGGAAAAGAAGGUAAGCGUUUGGAGGCAAAAACGACUUCUUAAUUGUGAAAGGAUGAAUGUGGAUAGUGCAUUUCUUCCGGCUCUUACGGAUGGAGGCAUUGGAGGAGUUGUACGAAACCACAAUGGUGACUUCGCAGCUGCUUUUCUUAAUCAUGUCACAUUAGCCAAGCAUGUUGAACUGCUGGCUUUAAGGAGUUGAAUGCCCCUUGGUUCCGUUGUGUAAUUGACUAACUGUUUAGUUGAAACAGACGCUUAUAAGCAGUGCGUGACAUCCAGGCAGAAGACUCGAGUUCUCCAGUAUGGUUAUCUGUUGAGAUGAGAAUGUUGCUUCGAAGAUCAGUAGUAAUUUUUAUCGCUUUCAGCCCUCAUGAUGCUAAUGCAGCAGCGCGUACAUAGGCUCGCUACAUAACCGUAUGAAUCUAAUGGCUCUAAUAAAGCAGCAUCAUCCUCCUGC